AGGCUUUUCUUCUUUUUUAUCAGUGUCAUACUUACAUGUACCGGCAAAAAUAUUAUUCUAAUCGUUACGGAUGAUUUGGAUUUGAUUCUCGAUGGAAUGACACCAUUGAAAUCAACAACAAAAUUAAUCAGAUCCGAAGGAGUUGUUUUUCAGAAUGCCUUUGCCGCAGUCCCCGUAUGUUGCCCAAAUCGUGCAUCGAUCUUAACAGGCAAAUACCAGCAUAAUCAUAGAGCAUUAAAUAAUUCUUUGGAAGGUGGUUGUAACAGUCCGAAAUGGCAACAAACACAUGGCAAUACAACUUUCGCCGCUAUCUUAAAUAACGAACUUAAUUAUAAAACAUUUUACGCUGGAAAAUACUUAAACAAGUAUGGGCACAAAAACGCUGGAGGAGUAGCUUAUGUUCCACCUGGAUGGGACAAAUGGUAUGGAUUAGUUGGCAAUUCAAAAUAUUACGACUAUUCUUUGUCCAUAAAUGGCGUUGAGAAAAAGUACGGAUCAAAACCGAACAAUUAUUUGACCGACGUUAUUAAAAAAUUUUCCAACGACUUUAUUAAAUCUCAGAAUAAGAAAGAGCCGUUUUUAAUGAUGCUUGCACCACCAGCACCUCAUGAGCCAUUUACCGCUGCACCGAGACACAAGGAUAAAUUUGAAGGCGUUAGAGCUAAGAGAACGAAGAACUUCAAUAUAUCACCUGGAAAGGGAAAGCAUUGGCUUGUUAGAAUGGGCCUUUCACCGCUGCCUCUCGAUAUUGUCAAGAGUAUCGAUGAAAUUUAUAGAAAACGUUGGCAGACACUUUUGGCCGUUGACGAAUUAGUGGAAUCUGUGUAUAUGCAAUUAAAAUCUCAGGAUUUGCUAGAUAAUACAUAUAUCAUUUUUACAUCUGACAAUGGAUUUCACGUUGGUCAAUUCAGUAUGCCAUAUGAUAAGAGACAACCUUAUGAGACAGACAUACGUGUGCCGCUUCUCAUUAGAGGCCCAGGCAUUAGUCCCAAUUCCGAAGUCCAAUCGGCCGUAAGCAGUGUCGAUUUGUUUGCCACAAUUAUGGACAUCGCCGGUCUUCAGAAGCCCUCUGACGGUACAUCUCUAUUAAAAAGUGCAAUCAAGGAUAGAACUGUCCUUAUUGAGUACAAAGGCGAAAGGUCAGAGGGCAUUCCUCAGUCUGGCUGUGAAACCGACAGCGAUCGCAAUCUCAAUGUUAGUCUGUGCAAGAAAGACUUUGCCUGCAAAUGCCAAGACUCAAUAAACAAUACAUAUACUUGUAUACGACGAGUCGCGGACGAUGUCAAUAAUAUAUUUUGCCGAUUUUACGAUAACGAGAAAUUUAUAGAAUUUUACGAUCUAUCGAAAGACGAAUUUCAACUAGAUAAUUUAAGCGCAACGUUGAAUAAUAACAAACGACAUAGAUUUAGAAAACGACUUGAAAAUAUGUCGCUUUGUCAAAACCAGAAUUGCAUCAAGACUGGAAAGAAGAACUGAGGAUCAAAGUCAUUUUUACCUGCGAAUAAAACUUAUACGCUAAAUAUAUCAAUACAGACUUAUUCAUUUUAUAAAGA